CUGGUUAUUACUAAUAAGAACCACCGAAGUUUCCCAUAGGAUAAUGUUUUAAGUAUGUUUUAGAAAAGGAAAAUUAGUGAGUAAUACCAUAUUAGUGUCCUCUUCCCUCUUUUCCCGUAGGUUUAGACUUCAGACUAUGGCGUCUUACUUUUGCCUGUCUUUGGGUUUUUUUUCCUCCUCUGCCCAAUUUCCUCUCGGCUGCUUUUAACAAUUUCUUGGCAAAGAACACGUUCGCUUCUUGCAAGGAUCUUUCCUUUCGUCUCCGCGUUGCAAGCUCUGCUUCGAUGGAGUUUUGGUGAUAUUUCGACUCAGACACAGAAAUCUGGAACUCGGGGAUUUGAUCGAACAGUUGCGAGCUGUGAAAAAUGAAACGACAAUGGCGGUUCCUGAUAAUCUGCAGUUUUGCUCUGUCUCUGAUUAUGGGCACGCAUGGAAAGAUGCUAAUCGGCGACGACAACGACGAAGCUGCUCUGUUAAUGGCGUUCAAGCAAAUCUCCGUCCGCUCUGACCCAAACAACAUUCUCGCCAACUGGAAAUAUGGGUCGGGUCCUGUCCCAUGUUCAUGGCGAGGCGUCUCCUGCUCCGUUGACGGCCACGUCGUCGGUCUCGACCUCCGCUACGGAGGACUCGCCGGAACCCUAAACCUCGGAAACCUCACGGCGUUGCCGAAUCUCCGGAAUCUCUACUUGCAAGGAAACGCCUUUUCCCGAGGAGAUUCCUCUGGUUCCUCUGGUUGUUCUCUUCAAGUUCUUGACUUGUCUUCGAACAAGCUCUCGGAUUAUUCAAUGGUGGAUUACGUUUUCUCGAGCUGUUUCAACCUAGUUUCCGUCAAUUUCUCCGACAACAAUCUCACCGGAAAACUGGGUUCUGCUCCGUCGUCGUGUAAGAGCCUCACGACCGUCGAUCUAUCUCAUAAUCUCUUGUCGGAGGAGAUCCCGAAGAGUUUCGUCGCCGAUUCUCCGGCGUCGUUGAAGCACCUCGACCUGUCGCACAAUAAUUUCUCCGGCGACUUCUCCGGCGUCAAUUUCUGGCCCUGCGGGAACCUCACCUUCCUCAGCCUAUCUCAGAACAAUCUCUCCGGCGAUAAAUUUCCCACCAGUUUAUCGAAUUGUAGGCUCCUCGAGUUCCUCAACGUCUCCCGGAACAGAGUCGCCGGAAAAAUCCCCGGCGGUGGAUUCUGGGCAAGUUUCCAGAGCCUGAAGCAGCUCUCCCUCGCUCACAACCGGUUUAGCGGAGAGAUUCCGGCGGAGCUGUCACAAAUAUGCAGAGCACUCGAGAUCCUCGAUCUCUCCGGGAACCUUCUCUCCGGCGACCUGCCGGAGACCUUCACCGUUUGCGGCUCAUUACAGAACCUAAACCUCGGAAACAACAUGCUCUCGGGCGAUUUCCUGAGCACUGUCGCGAGCAAGCUCCCUCGACUGGAGUACCUAUCCGUCGCCUUCAACAACAUAACUGGUUCUGUCCCUCUCUCGAUCGCCAACUGCACUAACCUUCGAGUUCUUGAUAUUAGCUCAAAUGGAUUCACCGGAAAUGUGCCGUCCGGUCUCUGUUCUCUGCAAAGUUCGCCGCCUUUGGAGAAGAUACUCAUAGCCAACAAUUACCUCUCAGGCGCUGUUCCUGUGGAGCUCGGCAAAUGCAAGAGCUUGAAGACGAUCGAUCUCAGCUUCAACGCACUCACUGGUGGGAUUCCCAUGGAGAUUUGGACAUUGCCGAAUCUGUUUGAUUUGGUUAUGUGGGCGAACAACCUCACCGGAGAGAUCCCUAAGGGUAUUUGCGUCAAUGGUGGGAACUUGGAAACACUGAUCUUGAACAACAAUCUCUUAACCGGUUCAAUACCGGAGUCUAUCUCCCAGUGCACGAACAUGAUCUGGAUCUCCCUCUCGAGCAAUCGCUUAACCGGGAAAAUCCCGUCUGGGAUUGGAAACCUCGUGAACUUGGCCAUUCUGCAGCUCGGGAACAAUUCGUUGACCGGAAAGGUUCCCCGCAUGCUCGGGAACUGCAGAAACCUCAUCUGGCUUGACCUGAACAGCAACAACCUAACCGGGAACCUUCCGGCCGAGCUAGCGAGCCAGACCGGGCUGGUAAUGCCUGGGAGCGUCUCGGGUAAACAGUUUGCUUUUGUUAGGAACGAGGGCGGCACUGAUUGCAGAGGAUCAGGUGGGCUGGUCGAGUUUGCAGGCAUUCAAACCGAGAGGUUGGAAAGCUUUCCGAUGAUCCACUCGUGUCCCACAACGCGUAUAUACUCGGGCAUGGCAAUGUAUACAUUCUCGAGCAAUGGCAGCAUGAUCUACCUCGACCUGUCCUACAAUGCCAUCACAGGUUCAAUCCCUCCGAGUCUCGGUUCCAUGACCUAUCUAAAGGUCUUGAACCUCGGACACAACCGGUUAACUGGAACCAUCCCCGACAGUCUCGGAGGAAUAAAAGAGAUCGGCUCUCUUGAUCUGUCACACAACGAUCUGCAAGGUGUUUUGCCCGCGUCACUCGGGACGUUAUCAUUCCUCAGCGACCUAGAUGUCUCUAACAACAACCUCACCGGUCCAAUCCCUCUUGGAGGACAACUCAUGACAUUCCCUUUCUCAAGAUACGCCAACAACUCUGGUCUCUGCGGCCUUCCCCUCUGGCCCUGUGGCUCAAGAUCUCGGGCCAUGAGCCCUGGCUUCCGUCCCGAGAAACGACCCUCUCGUGCAGCCGGGAUUAUAUCGGGUUUUGCAUUUUCUUUCUUAGGGGUUGUGUUGCUUUUCAUGGUGCUUUACCACGCGAGGAAAGCGCUGAAGGAAGAAGAGAGGGAGAAGCGCAUUGAGAGCCUUUCGACUUCCGGCGGGGGAAAGGGCUUCCCGGAGCCGCUGAGCAUCAAUGUCGCUACGUUCGAUAAGCCGUUACGGAAGUUAACCUUUGCCCACCUCCUCGAGGCUACAAACGGAUUCAGUGCUGACAGCUUGAUCGGAUCAGGUGGGUUUGGAGAGGUUUUCAGAGCCAAACUCAGUGACGGUUCGGUCGUUGCGAUCAAGAAGUUGAUCCACGUCAUGGGUCAGGGCGAGAGAGAGUUCAUGGCCGAGAUGGAGACAAUUGGAAAAAUCAAACACAGAAACCUCGUGCCGCUUCUGGGUUACUGCAAGGUCGGGGAAGAGAGGCUUCUCGUCUACGAGUACAUGAAAUGGGGAAGCUUAGAGAGCGUUCUUCACGACAGCCACAUGUUCCUAGACUGGUCGGCAUUCCUGCACCACAGUUGCGUCCCUCACAUCAUUCACAGGGACAUGAAGUCGAGCAACGUUCUUCUGGAUGAAGAACUCGAGGCUCGGGUCUCUGACUUCGGAAUGGCGAGGCUCGUGAACGCUCUGGACACGCAUCUGAGCGUGAGCACGCUCGCGGGAACGCCUGGUUACGUCCCACCCGAGUAUUAUCUGAGCUUUCGGUGUACGGCCAAAGGUGAUGUUUACAGCUACGGCGUUAUACUGUUGGAGCUUCUCUCGGGCAAGAAGCCGAUCGAUCCGUGGGACUUCGGAGAGGACAACAACCUCAUCGGGUGGGCGAAACAGCUGCUUCGAGAUGACAGAGGCGGCGAGAUCCUGGACCCCGAGCUCGUGACGGGAAAAUCCCGAGACGUUGACGAGAUGGUUCAGUAUCUGAAGAUCGCGUUUCAGUGCGUGGACGACAGGCCGUUCAAGAGACCGACCAUGGUUCAGGUGAUGGCCAUGUUCAAAGAGCUUCAGGUUGAUACAGAGAAUGGCAAUCUCGACCAGACGCCUUCCGUUGAAUAACCCUCAGAGAUAUUAAGUCCUAGAAGACGAAAGAUUCCGAAUUCGUAGGAAGUUUGAGAAUUUUGAAUUGUUCGUUUUUCUCCGAGUGUCUGUAUAUAACAGAAGAAGAAGAAGAAGAUGUGAUAUGAUUUAGUGAAAGGCUUAGUAUUGGUAUUUAGGGUUUCUCUUGUAAAGUUUUGAUUUUUUUUUUCCCCAAUCACCGUUUCUGCAAAUACAAAUUGGUGAGAAGAGGUAAAUCAA